AUGGACGGCUUAUACAAUCUAAGCGAAUGGCAGAACGUUCAUAACGAAAAUUUCAGCGAUAGGAAUGAAGCCAUAGAGAAGGAAUUAGACUAUGAGGUUGAUAGGGAUAUUGAUAACAACAAUGAAUCUAGCAGGGAUUAUUACUCAAUCUUGAAUGUUCCACGCUCUGCGUCUAACGAUUUGAUUAAAGAUCGCUACAAGCAGUUGGCAAUCAUCUUCCACCCAGAUAAACAGCGCACCGAUCAACAGAAAGAAUCAGCUGCUGCUCAAUUCUCUCAUAUUAAACAAGCUUAUGAAGUCUUGUCAGAUCCGUACAAAAGGAUGGCCUACGAUACAUUGGGUGAAGAAGGUCUUAGAAAUGACUUACAAGUGGGCCAAAGGUUGAGAACUCCAGAAGAGAUGAGAGAAGAAUUUGAACGCAGACAAAGAGUCAAUGAAUUAGAAUCAUUGGAAUCAGUCCUACGCAGUAAAGGAGAUGUCAGUGUUCAUUUAGACGCGACAUCAGCUGUAUCAGAUGCUAUUGGUAUACCUAAUUCCCCUCAGAGGAAUAUGCUAGGAAAUCCCGUAUUGGAAAAAACUGGUUUGACCAACUCAUUAGCCGGUAUAGCUGUACGUAGACUAGUAAUGCAGCAUUCGUUUGAGUGCCCAAUAACCAGACAAACUCAAAUUGUCGUACUCGGUCAAAUGGUUAGCAAGGGUAACACAGGUGGCGGUAAUGUUAUGGGUACAAUUCGCCAUUUUUAUAGCCCAAAGUUAACAUUCAACAUCACACAAACGUUUCUCAAACCUCAAUUUACACAAAUUGCAGCUAUUUAUGACAUAGAUGAUGAAACUAACCUACAAAUUACUUCAAUGCAUCCAGAUCCUAAGCUUUUUCCACAAAUAAAUUUAACAUUGAGUAGGAGAGUGUAUGAAACAGUUCAAGCUUUCUUUUCAUUAAGACUACCUUCACCUAUGGGUCCAUCAAGCCUAAGCGUCGGUGCAAAUGGUAUCACACCAGGAAGGUCAUCAUCCAGUUGGAAUACUUCAGUUGUUUUUGGUCCGGUAGAGAACGGUUUUGGUGUCGAGUGGGGUAGACGUGUGUUGGAUAAUACGAUAAGAUUUAGAUUGGGUACGAGUCUAAGCUUACAAGGUAUAUUCAACUCAUUUGCAUGGGCUGAACGCAAAAUUACUAGAGCUACCACCAUUGGUUUCGGUGUAACGUGUAGUUUACCUGGCGGGGUUAUAGCUAGAUUUAGAUGGUCGCGACUUGGUCAAAGAAUUACUAUACCAAUUCUAUUGUCUCGUGAUUUGGACUUAGCCGUCGCUGGUUUAGCAGCAACUUUGCCCUCAAUUUCAAUGAUAGUGGUACAUUACACAUACUUAGCCCCACGUAACAAAAAGCUGAAAGCUAACAAGCUCAAGAAAUUACGCCAAGAUUAUAAAGAAAAGACAGAAGAAAAGAGAUCAGAGGCGAAUGAAGCUGUAUCAAUUUUGAAAAGUUACUCAGACAGGAAGGAAGCGGAGGAGAUCAAGAAUUCUGGUUUAAUUAUAACAGAGGCAACUUAUGGUUCAUGCGAAGAUAUUGGCAGUACUGAUCAGGAACGAAUAGAUGUUAAAAUUCCCCUGACUUCAUUAAUAAAUGAUAGUCAACUAUAUAUACCAAAAGGAACAUCUAAAUCUGGCUUGAUUGGCUUUUACGAUCCUUGUCUUGGAGAGAAGAAGAAUUUAAUCGUAACGUAUCAAUAUCAACUGCGUCAGCAUCAAGUGGUCGUUAAGGAUAAAGAGGAGAUUGCUUUACCACAGCGUGAUCAUCUCGUUUUUGUGGAAUGA